AUGCCGUUCUACCAAGUGUAUCACUCUUAUAGUCUCAAUGCACACCAGAGGCAAAACAUAGCCUCUGCUAUUACCGACUUGCACUGCCAGGCUUUUCAAACACCUGCAUUCUUCGUGCACGUCAGCUUCAUCGAAGAAGGGACCAAGUCCCAAACAUAUUUCAUGGCUGGAAAAGCUCACGAUGCUACAUCGAACCGCAUCAUCGGCACGGUUCGCAUGUCUGCAGCUCGAUCGAAGGCAGACUUCGAUGAACUUGGCGCCAAGAUGGAAGCAGCUUGGUACAAAAUUCUAGAUCUCACGCCACCUACUGAGAAAGAGUCUUGGGAUAGUGAGGAUGAGUCGAAGAGGUUGCUCAUGGUGACAUUUGUACCAAUGAUAACGAUUCGGGAGGGCGGAAUGGCUAUUCCCGAGGCUGGACAGGAGGAGAGCUGGCUGAAGGAGCAGUUGCCUUACAUCGAGAGGAUGACGGAUAAGGGGGUGGAGGACUUUGCUGGAUUAUUAUCUGAGGUGAAAGGGAAGCCUGAAUAA